ACACAACACAAGACAUCAUCAGAAAAAACCAGAUAAAAGGAAUGUAAAAGGUGUUACCAAAACCACGUACCAUAUGAUUAUGAACCAUCCCUAUCCAAAUCCAUGUAAUUAAUCAUGGGAUCCUUAAUUCUUCCAUAACUGCAUCUUUUUUCCUUAUGAAGCCAUUUCUCACUCUACAUCUACUAGUAUUUAAAGAGCCUAAGUUUGAUCAAAUAUUAAACCCAAAACCAAGUCCUUUGGUUUUUCUUCCUUGCAUACCCUUUGGCCUUCUUUUUGUUUUUCUUCCUCCAUGGAAUCCUCUAACUGGAUUCUGAAACAUGUAUCCCUUUUACUUGUUUUCUUCCUUAGCCACAGUUGUUCAUCUUCUGAGGCUUUCUCUCCCUCGCUUUUGGACCGUGUGGUUACCAACACCACACACCUGCACCGGAAUUUCACUGCUGUAUCACAAUUCAGAACCAUUAACAGACAAGUUUUGGAUGAUUGUUCUGCUUCAAGUCCCUCUCUUAAAGUCAACAUCUCCUCAAAUUCUAGCUUGUCAGAUGAAGAGUUUGUGACUGUCACAGUCUCUGGCGUUUCCGAUCCUUCAGAUGGCGAUUGGGUUGCUAUGAUCUCACCCUCCAAUUCUGAUGUGAAAACGUGUCAUCUGAACGAGGCAUUUUAUCUGCAAACUGGUGACACUGAUAAACUUCCUCUGCUUUGCCAUUACCCUGUCAAGGCACAAUACAUGAAAAAUGAUCCAAACUACCUUAGUUGCAAAAACAAAGAAUGCAAGACAAACGAAGAUGGGAAAUGCACUUGCAGUGGUUCAAUAAAGUUUCAUGUUGUCAACAUUAGAAGCGACAUUGAGUUCGUGUUCUUGUCUGGUGGAUUCCUGAAUCCCUGCGUUGUGGGAAGGUCCACCCCUGUGAGUUUUGCCAAUCCUAAGAAGCCACUCUAUGGACAUCUCUCAAGCAUAGAUUCAACUGGAACAUCAAUGAGAUUGACAUGGGUUAGUGGAGACAAGCAGCCUCAGCAAAUCCAAUAUGGAGAUGGAAAAACAGCUACUUCAGUAGUCACUACAUUUUCACAAAAUGAUAUGUGCACUUCAUCAGUUCUGCCAAGUCCUGCUAUAGAUUUUGGAUGGCACGAUCCAGGAUACAUCCAUUCAGCCCUAAUGACAGGACUUAAGCCUUUAAGCACCUUCUCCUACAGAUAUGGAAGUAACUCGGUUGGUUGGAGUGAACAAAUCCAGUUUUCAACUCCACCUGCUGGAGGAUCAGAUGAGCUUAAAUUCAUUGUAUAUGGUGAUAUGGGCAAGACUCCUCUUGAUGCUUCGGAAGAACACUACAUUCAGCCAGGAGCUCUUUCAGUGAUUAAAGCUAUAGCCAAUGAUGUAAAUUCUAGCAACAUAAAUUCAGUCUUUCACAUCGGAGACAUAAGCUAUGCAACAGGUUUUCUAGUAGAAUGGGAUUUCUUCCUCAGCCUUAUCAAUCCAGUAGCUUCCAGGGUUUCUUAUAUGACAGCAAUAGGGAACCAUGAGAGGGAUUACAUAAAUUCCGGUUCAAUAUAUGUCACUCCUGACUCUGGUGGGGAAUGUGGAGUACCUUAUGAAACAUACUUUCAAAUGCCAACUGCAGCAAAGGAUAAGCCUUGGUACUCCAUUGAACAAGGAAGUGUUCAUUUCACAAUUAUAUCAACUGAGCAUGACUGGUCAGAAAAAUCUGAGCAGUAUCAGUGGAUGCAAAAGGACAUGGCAUCAGUUAAUCGACAGAAAACUCCUUGGCUAAUCUUCAUGGGACAUAGACAGAUGUAUUCCUCCUGCCAUUCAUUGUUAUCUACUGAAGAACUAUUUAAGGAUUCUGUGGAGCCAUUGCUACUAGAAAAUAAGGUUGACUUGGUUCUUGUUGGCCAUGUACAUAAUUAUGAGAGAACUUGUUCCGUGUUUCAAGGUGAAUGCAAAGCCAUGCCUACAAAAGAUAAAAAUGGGGUGGACACAUAUAAUGGCAGAAAUUACAGUGCCCCUGUGCAUGUUGUCAUUGGCAUGGCUGGCUUCAGCUUAGAUAAAUUCCCAGACCAAGUGGAAAAAUGGAGCCUGAAAAGGAUUUCCGAGUAUGGUUAUUUUAGAGCACAUGCUACAAGGAAUGAUUUAAACUUAGAGUUUGUCGUCUCGGAUACAAGAGAAGUUAAGGACAGUUUCCACAUUACAAAGUGAAAGAUUACUAAAAAAAAACAUACAUAUAAGUGGAAGGUAUAUCAUAGAUAGAGACAUGCACACAAAUACACAAAUCAUAGAUGUUAUUGAAAGUCAAAGGAGAUCCGGAGACAGUCAUAGAUCAGCAAUUUUUCACUUUUAAUAUUGUAUAUGGUCUUUAUCUCAUGUACAACUUUCUUCAAAAUCCGAAUAAUGAUAUUAACAAAUAAGUCUUUUUAUUCUUAUAAAAAGAAAAUUCUUGAGAUGAAUAGAGGAUUGCAUUAUUUGCACACA